AUGUGUAUCGCUCUCCUCACCACCGCGCACCCCAAGUAUGCGCUCAUUAUCCUCGAUAAUCGCGACGAGUUCAUCCUCAGGCCAACAUCCCCACCUCACUGGUGGACCACAAAAGCAUCGCGGCAUUCAUCAAGGACAGCAACGCCAGCCAGCAACGAACACGCCACCCAGAAUGGCGACACCUCAGAGGAGGAGCUGCAGCACAUACUCUCCUCUCGCGAUCUCCUCCGGCCCGAGCAGGGCACCUGGCUUGGUAUCACCAGAUCUGGCCACUUUGCCGUGCUGACCAACUACCGGGAGCUGGACACGAGCACCGGCGCACCGUCCAUCAGUGGGACCAAGAGCCGUGGUGGUAUGGUCACCGCGUGGCUUGGGAACUCCAGCCAGCAGAGUGUGACUGACUUUGUGGAGGACAUGAUCACGUCAGGGGGGACCCAGGGGGUGGGCGGGUUCUCGCUGCUCUGUGGCAAGCUGCGGAAACGAAAGACAGAAGGCGAGAAUGAGCUGGAACCGCUUGGAAUAUUGUCGAACAAGGCCGAGCAUCCAGAGCAGAUACCUUGGAUCGCCGGGAGGAGAGGGGAAAUUGUUGGGCUGAGCAAUGCGGCAUAUGACGCCCCUCAGGAGUGGCCCAAAGUCACCAAGGGCAAGGCUCUGCUCAAGAAGGCGAUCGAGGAGGCCGUGGCCGCGGAUGCCAGCGAGGGCGAGUUGCGAGAACGUCUCUUUGGCGUCCUGGAUCAGGAUGAUCUGCCCAGAGCGCCGGAAUCAGCCUUUGAGGACUACCUGAAGGUCCUGCAGGAAUCCAUCUUCAUCCCGCUCAUUGGCGACCAACAACACAGAGAUGACAUGGUCUCAUGGACCUCGAGGGCCAAGGAGAAUGUACACGUCAGUGCGGAGCUCAAGGACGCUCUGGACAAAGUAGAGGGCUUGCAGAGGCCAGACCCUCAACCAGCCCAGGGAUUCAGCAAGGGCAUGUACGGGACGCAGCGACAGACCGUCAUACUUGUGGACUGGGACGGUAAUGUGACGUAUACGGAGAGAUCACUGUUUGACGCAGACGGAAAUGAGAUAGAGAAGGGGAAAGGGGAUGCAGUCUUUCACUUUGCUAUUGAUGGGUGGGAGUCGUCUUCUUGA